UCAUCCUCCAUCCCUCCAUUCAUCCUUCUCUCCCUCUCUCCCUCUCUCCAUCCACUCAUCCACCCCCCAGCCCCCGUCUCUUUCAAUCGCCUCAUCCGCUCUUCAGCCACAUCCCUCGGACACCCGCAUCGCCGCACUGAACCCGAUUACGAUCCUCUGUUCCUCCCCGUCUGAUUUCCUACAUUCCUUCUCUUGUUCACCUGCGUCCUUUCCUUCGACCAACUCCCUAGCCCUUGGUUGUAUUUAUCACCGCUCUACUGCAAAUACAAUGGCAUGGGCCAAUGUCACCUUUGAUGAGGUCCUCGACGACCUCUCCAGUCGCUUUAUUAUCAAUGUACCCGACGAGGAACUAGCCUCUGUCGAGCGAAUCUGUUUCCAAAUCGAACAAGCCCACUGGUAUUACGAGGAUUUUGUAAGGGAACAGAGCCCGUCGUUCCCAAGUUUUAACCUCAAGAACUUUUCCGCCAAGUUUUUCCAGCACUGCCCACUCCUUCACGAAUGGUCCAACGAACACGAGACCGCCUUUGCCAACUUUAUGGAGUACAAGAUCCGGGUGCCAGUCUGUGGCGCCAUCAUCUUGAACGAAGCCAUGGACAAGUGUAUAUUAGUCAAAGGCUGGACGGCUCGGUCAGGAUGGGGAUUUCCAAAGGGCAAGAUCAACAAGGAUGAGCCGGAUACCCUGUGUGCAGUCCGCGAGGUAUGGGAGGAAACCGGCUUCGACGUAACGGGCAAGAUUCGAGAGGAGGACUAUGUGGAACAGACCAUCAAAGAUCAAAGAAUUCGCUUGUACAUAGUCAAAGGAGUUCCUGAAACCACAGUGUUCGAACCCCAGACAAGAAAAGAGAUCAGUGUACGUCCUGGCUUAGUUCGAACGUCACCAAGCGCUACUUGAAGAGACAUGGAAAGCGUGUCUAACCCACUAAACACGCUGACUAUGCCUUUGGUUCUUUUAGAAAAUUGAAUGGCAUUUUAUUGCCGAAUUGCCGA